UGGGCGUUUCUUUGUGGAAGGCUCGCGUCCCAGACAGAGAAAGAACAAGGAUGAGAUAUUGAAACAGGCAGAAAGUCUCCGUCUAGAAUUUCAAGAUCAAAUUAAGGCUGGCUGCAAAGCAGUUUCUAUCCCGAAGUGAUCAGGUGAAGUGCCAACCUCAGUGUGAGCACAUUUGCACCAACGCAACGAAGCUUGAACAGGCUCUAAGGCGGUACAUUGAAGAGAAGGGGUGGAGCGUCAUGAGCCUUCUGGCACACUAACUGAAGGAACCAGAGUAGCAGGUCUGAUCAGGGAACACCGGCCACCCAUGGUAUAAAUCCUGGAGAGAGACACCUUGGACUGGGGGUGACAGAGGAGAGGAAAGGAGACUGAACCUACCCUCGACCCUUCCCUUGCCUGCUGCUGCAGUGUUGCAGUGCUAUUUUCAUUCUCACUCUGAUAUUCCACACCCAGGCAGAAACCAUGCCGGCCCUGUCCACCGGAUCUGGAAAUUACUUGGGUCUGCAUGAGCUGCUGUGUGCCCUGCCCUCCCAGCUGCAGCCCCAUGUCCACAGCCAGGACGACAGCACCUUUCUACACAACAUGUUCGGAGAGAGGAGCCUCCACUCGCUGGUCAAGAUCCAUGAGAGACUGCAGCACUAUGAGGAGCAUAGUCCUGCCCCCAUCCUGGACAGUGCUGGCUCCCUGGCCGCUGACCUGUCUGAGGAACUGCAGGGUAAAAGUGCCAGUGAAGAGAUCAGCGAGCUACUCAAUCUACUGGCUAAACCCCACGUCAAGAGUCUUUUGUCUGUCCAUGACACGGUGGCCCAGAAGAGUUACGACCCCGAGCUGCCUCCGCUGCCCGAUGACAUCGAUGAUGACGAGGUCUCAGUGAAGAUCAUACGGCUGGUCAAGAACAAGGAGCCUCUCGGAGCUACAAUAAAGCGUGAUGAGCACACAGGAGCCAUCCUUAUCGCCAGGAUCAUGAGAGGUGGAGCAGCAGACAGAAGUGGUCUGAUCCAUGUAGGCGACAUGCUGAGGGAAGUGAACGGGGUUCCUGUGGAUGACAAGAAGCCAGAUGAAAUCAUCCACAUUCUGUCCCAGUCCCAAGGGGCCAUUACGUUUAAGUUAAUACCAGCCAUCAAAGAGGAGACGCCAAGCAAGGAGCCGAAGAUGUUUGUGAAGACACUGUUUGACUACGACCCAGCGGAGGACAAAGCCAUCCCGUGUAAGGAGGCGGGCCUGGCCUUCAAGAGGGGAGAUAUCCUUCAGAUCAUGAGCCAGGAUGAUGCCAACUGGUGGCAGGCUAAACAAGAUGGCCAUGCCAACCCUCGCGCAGGCCUCAUCCCCUCCAAACAGUUCCAGGAGAGGAGGUUUGCUCUGCGUCGUCCCGCCGCCAGUGUUCUUCAGCCCCAGAAGAUCUCCAACAGAAGAUCAUCUGGUUUUCGCCGGAGUUUCCGCCUCAGCAGGCGAGACAAGAAGACCAACAAGUCCAUGUAUGAGUGUAAGAAGAGUGAGCAGUACGACAUGGCUGACGUGGCCACCUACGAGGAGGUGACUCCCCACCGCAGGCAGAGCGGGGCCAAGCACAGGCUGGUGGUCCUCGUCGGUCCCACAGGGGUAGGUCUGAAUGAGCUGAAAAGGAAACUGCUGAUCUCUGACCCCCAACACUUCAGUGUGACCGUGCCACACACCAGCAGGCCGAAGAGGAACCAGGAGAAUGAAGGGGUGGAGUAUCACUUUAUCUCCAAAAAUAUAUUUGAGACGGACAUUCACAACAACAAGUUCAUAGAGCAUGGUGAGUAUAAAGGGAACUACUAUGGCACCAGUCUGGACUCUGUGCGUUCGGUCCUGUCCAAGAACAAGGUGUGUCUACUGGACGUUCAGCCUCAUACGAUAAAGCACCUGAGGACGGCAGAGUUUAAACCUUAUGUGGUGUUCGUGAAGCCGCCGCCCAUCGAGCGCCUGCGGGAGAGCAGACGGAACGCUAAGGUCAUCUCAGGCAAGGACGACAAGGGAUCUGCCAAAUCAUUCUCCGAGGAGGACUUCCUGGAGAUGGUGAGCACCGCCCAGCAGAUGGAAAGCCAGCACGGCCACCUGUUUGAGAAGAUCAUUGUCAACGACGACCUGACGGCGGCAUUCACCGAGCUGAAGGUGGCUCUGAAGAAGGUGGAGACUGACACGCACUGGGUCCCCAUCAGCUGGACUCACUCUUGAGAGCCACAGAGAAAGAGUGAAAUACCGUUUGGAGAAAGAAGGAUAUAAAAAGGGGAGGGCUUUUUAAUGAAGUUGGUUCUGUGUCCACUGCGUAGGGGGUGGGUGCUGUCGGGUUUAGGAUGGAUGCUGGACUGCAGAGAGGGCUGACUUGAUGUGUGUCCCAAAUGGCACCCUAUUCUCUAUAUAGUGCACUGCUUUGUGAAAGUGCUUUCCAAAUAGGGAGUAGAGUGCCAUUUGGGACGAAACCUGUGUCUCUGUCUGGGUCUUCCUCUGGGCCCUGUCUAGCUCAGUCAACAUGCAACACGCUGGACAUCUGAGGGUGGGGCUGGUCUGAUCUGGUUCUAGACCGCUGCACUGUCUUCUAAUCAGAUCGGUGUGACUGCCCAUCAGUGCUGUGCCAGAACGUACUGUAACUUCGGACUCCUUCCUUAGUGUGUUUUUAACAUUAGUUCAUAGAAACCUAAGGGAUUUGUAUUGUUCUGUGGAUGGUGGGUGGUUUGUAUAUUAAUGCAGAAUCGGGGAACAGAUGAAAAUGUUUUUUUGCCUUCAAGUCUUAAACUCAGCUUGGGUCUGAAACUGCACCCUAUGCCCUAUGUAGUGCACUUGUUUUGACCCGGGCCCAUAGGGGAUAGGGUGCCAUUUCAGACACCGCCUCAAACUCAGAUAAA